UGUUGGCUUUGAAAUCUUGAAGAACUUUUCUUGGUUGUUUUUAGACAAGGUUCCGCUUCUGUUGGUUCAAGUCUUGAUUGGUGUUUUUUGGGGUCAAAUAACGUUGGAUAUCUUUUUUCCCUGGACUGAUCUCUCAUUUCCAAUCUUUUCUGUUUGAAAGUUUCCGAGAGUUUGCAUUGUUGUUUGGUUGCCGAGAUGUUAAGGGAAAGGAAAGUUUCGGAUUUGAUUUAUCUUUUGUUUGAUUGCUAAGGAGGAGUUGGAAAAGAUAGAAUUUGGUUUGUCUGUACUAACAUUUAAAGGGAGUUCCUUGCAACAAGAUUCCUCGAAGAAUGGAGGUCGAAAAUGCAGUUAAAUCGAAUGAGGAAACCAUCGCCCAAGAAAUUCAUGCUGAAGCAACUGUUUUGGCACCAGAAAAAGAAAAAACAAAUGCUACCAAUAGUGAAAGGCCUCUUAAUGCCAAUGAAACAUCUGAGAGUUUUGCCAAAGCUGAAGGUCUUAUUUCUUCUUCUAUAGCAAGUGAAGGUGCAGCAAGUGUUUCUCAACGAAAAAUCUCAAAUGCCUUAAAGGAACCUGCUCCUCGGAAAGGCACGAGUUCAAAGAACAGCAAAUUGGCCAAGGAUAAGCCUAAUAUGAAAGGCUCAGGUGCAUUUUCACGUAGCCAUAGGCCAAUACUUUCUCAAAGUGUUUCAUUUCCCGCAAAAGGAGUGUGUACUGAUAAUAUGACGAAGAGCAUUGAGGAACACCCGCUCAGAACUGCUGCAAAGCAUGCCCGAGAUGAAGGAACAAAGGUGAAGGUCUCUUUUCCCCAUAUAUCAGUCACUUCAAGUCCCCGUCUCAAUCAAGCCAACAGGCGUGUUCCAACUGGAGUGAAUUCAAAGGAAUCAAAUAUCAAUUGUAGUAAGACUUUAACUAGGCAGAGUUCUUCAGCAGGCAAGUCUUGCAGUCAACAGGCUACGUCUGUGAAAUCAAGUUCUUUGAAUGAAGCUGCUAAGCGCCAUCCACCCCAGGCUUCUGAGUCCGCUGCUCAUCAAAAUUCAAAACCUGAGACAACCACAUUGUCAAGCAAAGAAGAUGAUGACACCCAUUCCACAACCUCAAGUGCCACUCCUAGCGGGAGGAGAAGCAGUGGUUCUGGAUUCUCCUUCAGAUUGGAAGAACGUGCUGAAAAACGGAAGGAGUUCUUUUCAAAGAUUGAAGAGAAGAUCCAUGCUAAGGAAAUUGAACAAACUAACUUGCAGGAAAAAUCAAAGGAAUUUGGAUCUUCAUUUCACCUUUCACUCUUUGGUGGCAUGCAGGAGAACCAGGAGGCAGAGAUCAAGCAACUGAGGAAGAGUUUGACAUUUAAAGCUACACCUAUGCCAAGUUUCUACAAAGAACCUCCUCCAAAAGCAGAACUAAAGAAGAUACCAACUACUCGUGCAAUAUCACCGAAGCUUGGAAGGCGCAUGAGCUCCACCACUUUAACGAACAACUCUUUGGAAGACAGUGGAUCUUCUUUUAGCCCACGAGCUUCUCACAGCCCACGUCUGAACCAAGAAUCAAGCAACCCAACCAAGGGAAUUCAGAGAAAUGGUAACAAGGAUAAUGGUGCUUCAAAAACCCCAAUUAGGAAGUCCCAACCUAAGCUUCAAUCUCACCAAAUCAUGGCCAAUGGACUGGAAGGAAAGACUGUCAAGUCCAAAGCAAAGCCACCUGGAGCAGAGAAUCAAACCCAGAAAGCUGGUGUCGGAAAAGUGGAAGAAAACGAGAAUAAUUCUAAGAAAAUCCCUUUAUGUGAUAAUGGAAUUCAGACCAUGCCUGAAAACAACACUCCUCAGAACGAUGGACUGGUAUUGUCCUCGUCCAAUCCUGAGUUCAUGCUCCCUCAAGUCACAGUCGGAGGGUGAGAACUUGAUUAUUUUAUCUUGUAUCUGUAGUUUUUUUUCAUUCAAGUUCCAUGUUGUUGUGAAUAGGCUGGCUGUAUGAUAGCGUAUAUGGCAUUUUUUUAGGGUACUUGUGAAGUCAACAUAAAUCUACCAUUUGAACAUGCAUUCCUUAUCAAUAUAAGCUUGUAUUCCUCUUUUAAAUUUUAUUGAAGUGUUUGGAAAAAAACAUUUUGUAA